GGGUUUCAGUGUGACUUCCGGGUUUAAUCGCUCUAGUCAUGAAUCGAAUGUUACCACUUUUCAGAACUUUACAGGUUUCUUACAGAAAGAGUCCACAAUUCGUGGGCCUUUUGAGACAUUACAGUGGAUUUAAAGUAGAGAAUAUCGAUCAUUUUGUUAUAACAGUCAAGGAUAUAAAUAAAACAUGCGAAUUCUACUCUAAGGUUUUGGGAAUGGAAGUUACUACUUUCAAGGGAAACAGAAAAGCUUUAAGUUUUGGCUCUCAGAAGAUUAAUAUUCACGAACAUCGAAAGGAAUUUGAACCCAAAGCCCAUCUGCCUACCCCAGGCUCAGCAGACGUUUGUUUUAUCACGCGAGAAAAUCUAGAUUCCGUCAUCAAACACUUACAGACAUGUAAAGUCGAGAUAACAGAAGGGCCAGUUGACAGAACAGGAGCUCAGGGUCCCAUCCGGUCUGUAUACUUCCGGGACCCGGAUAAUAAUCUCAUAGAAGUCUCCAAUUACUGAUAUCAUUUCUCUAUGCAUUCAACACAGAAAAAAUAUUCUUAAGGUCAUCUUAACUGCGAGAUAUUUAGAAAUGAAUGUGGACUUGGAUCAACAUUGAAUCUUGAACCAGUCAAGAAAUUAACAACUCGGUGACUCGGCGAGAAAAAUAUACUUUUUACUUAACGAUGUACAUCACUUCCUGAUUAGGAAUUCUGUUUCUUUCGGACUGCCAUUGUUUGACAAUUAAAGUUUUUUCUUCACUAAGAGAGAAUGUAUUACCAGGUACUUUGAUUAUAACGAAAUGGAAUGAUAUCCAUCUAUAGGUUUAUUUGAUAUCAUAUGUUAAAAAUACACAUACUUUCAAAUUAAUUAAACUCAUCUUCAAAUAUUUCAAAA